AUGGUGGCGUCAAAACGACGUGAACUCGAUGCAGUUACACUUGAGCGACUGCCUACGAGCCAAUACGGUGGAGCGAAGUGGUUGGCUUCACGGGCAAUUCUGACUAACCCCAUUCAUCGCUGGAAUCCGAGUGAGCAAAAUUAUAUUAUGUCAUGGAGAACCUUUAUCAUUAAUACUCUCAAGCCUUCAAACUGUGAGCUCAGAUCAGUGAUCGAAACUGCAUUGUGGAAGAAUUUCAGGAAUGUUCAAGUAGAGGUGGCCACAUGUCCAGACCUCACAGCCGCUCCAUUUCACAUGACAUCGAACGGUUUCGGUCGGAAAUUUUCAGUUGCUGCAGUAGGGAGUCUCGAUAAUCUGUAUCCGUGUCCUAACAGAGAGAAAAUGUAUGACCUCAAGGAUGUCUGUAAGAAAUGUGAAGCACCCAAUGCCUUCGUAUUUGGAGCCGGGGGAUGUCCACCAAAAGUGGCGGGCAAAAAUGGUGAAUUGGUUGCAGACGCGAAUUUCUCCGAAAACAAGGUAGCUUCCAAAAUAACCAUAUUGGUCGACAACCAUUCUACCCCGUAUAUUACAAAAACAAUAGAAUCUUCAAAGUUUAUUGUGAUGGGAGAUCUUGGCGUAUCGGCACAGCCAGGUCCGGGGGAAGUAGUUCAUAUUAAAUGUUCGCAGCGGGUCGGAAAGGAAAGUUUUCCUCAAUGCAUACAAGAGAGCCUGGCUCGCCAUUACGGACAAAGCUGCGUCUCACUAGCUGGAAUAUUUGCACUUCUUCGGGGAAACGCUUCUGUGCACAUUGCUCCUGACUUUCCAGACAAGUCGUUCAGAUCAAGGGAAGAGUUUGACCAAUGGCUGCAAAUAUUCAAUCUAAGUGCUCCUUUGAUAUGCGCUUCAGUGAUUAAUUCCUAUGAUCCUGGAUUUGGACUAAGAAUGCACCACACUCAUUGCUACUCCAGUCAUAACGAUGCAGGACACUUCAACAACGACAUCACACCAGAAACUGCUGAGUAUGAAGGCUGGUUUACGGCUGCUGAAAAGAUUUAUAGAAUAGAUUAG